CGCUGGCCCAGCGGGUGCCGCCCUGCUCCGGCUGCCGGGCCUGUGAGUCAGCGCAGGGUAACGGGGCGGCCGGGACGCGGCCUGGUGCGGGUUCUCGGAGGGUGCCUGCCCCUCCAUGCCCUCAGCCGCGGGCUGCGCCCAUACCCUCGUGUGCGGGGAGGCCUCGCCUGGCCCCUCUCUGCGAGGGGCGUCAGUGCUGUUUCCAGGGUGAAGAUUCUCUUUAACGUGAUUACUUACAAGUAAUAGGUCUUCAUCAUGGCUGAACUAUCACCUGAAGAAAUUCAACUGAGGGCCAACCAGGUCACUGAUGAGUCUUUGGAAAGUACAAGGAGGAUUCUUGGCUUGGCCAUUGAGUCCCAGGAUGUCGGCAUCAAAACUAUCACAAUGCUAGAUGAACAGGGAGAACAACUAAAUCGCAUAGAAGAAGGCAUGGACCAGAUAAAUAAGGAUAUGAGAGAAGCUGAGAAGACGCUGACAGAGCUCAACAAAUGUUGUGGGCUCUGUGUCUGUCCUUGUAACAGGACGAAGAACUUUGAGGCUAGCAAGGCAUACAGAGAAACCUGGGGAGAUGGAACGGAGAACUCAGCAGAUCAUGUGAUAUCCAUGCAACCAAGAAGUAUGUAUCAGCAGCAGCCUCAGACUUCUGGAGGACCAAGUGGCGGAUAUAUUACAAGGAUAACAAAUGAUGCCAGAGAAGAUGAAAUGGAUGAAAAUCUUGCUCAAGUGGGAAACAUUCUUGGGAAUUUGAAAAACAUGGCUUUAGAUAUGGGCAAUGAGAUUGAUGCCCAGAAUAAACAAAUAGAUCGGAUAAAUGUAAAGGCUGAUACAAACAGGGAGCGCAUUGAGCAAGCCAACAUCAGAGCCAAGAAACUAAUUGACAAUUAAAGCCUGCUGUCAUUGUUCAAUGACAGUCUCUCCAGCUGCAAGCCACCGUAUUCAUGGAUCUGUGAAACUUCUCCUAUUCUGAAAUAAGAGGGUCUGGGAAAAAUGAAGCAUACCCUUUCUAUAGGGAUUAAUUUUCUUUUUUUAUUGCUUCAUGUAAAUGUGGCCUUGACUCUAAGAAAGCAGCCAACAUAACUUCCUCCUAUUCAUCUGCCUUCUACUUUCUUUAAGCUGCUCAGGGCUAAAAGUGUUAUGGCUUUGAGAAUCUUGCAUGUUUUAUUCCCUCUCCCAGUCUUUUUCCUGCACCCAAAAUACAGUCCUUUAUUGAACAAGCCGGGUAACCUGAAUUCACAGUUGUGGAAAGUUGGAGAGGGCACUUUGCACUGUUUGAAAUACCUCAUAAGUUGAGUGUCUUCACUAAAAUAGGGACUUGGUGAAUAUUGUCUGACUUGUACCUCUAGCAGGCUAACCAUAGUUUUACAAUCCAAACCAUGUGAUUGGUUUGGGGUUGGAUUUGUGGAUUACAGAAUAGAAGAGGCCCACUGCUUAUUACUUGUGGACUGAGGGCUUUAAAAUAGUUCCUAACCACAUGAACUUUAAUAUAAAGGUAACUGGAUGGGUAUACAGGUUUCCAUUUCUUUACUGUAAAUUGACAUUGGUUUGGAGGCCAUAACUAGGAAAUCACACUGCAUUGUUCUGGUAAUAUUUGUUUUGUGUAUAUGUACCUGAUCUAAACUUCAUACACAUGUGAGUAGAAGAAGAAAAAACUAUUGCUCAAGUAUUUAUUUGAUGGAAAGUGUUAUGCCCCUCAUCUAAAAGUUAACUUUUAAGUGUUGGAAUGAUGCAUCUUAACUGGAAGAAACUGAAUAGAAAAGCAUGCAGCUUUCUUGCAUCCCAUAUCAGAUUCUAUUUUGGCCAGUUUUCACUGGAGAUGAGUUUAUGCCUUUCUCUAGUGCAAAAUAACAACGGACAUCUGGUGCAGAGUUUGUUCUCAGCAGUGACUUUGAGGGAGCUUCUUAAAGCUACUGAAAACAGAGAAGCUUAUUAUGAAACUUCUAUGUCACAAGUCUGGAGGAAGCAGUACCUAUUUAAGAACUGUAUGCUAGUUCUAAAUAAACUAGUUCUAAACUA